AUUCCUUUUAGACCCUGAAGAUACAGGCACAAGUGCAUGUAUUACUAAGCACUUUAUAUACAUAUUCAUAUAAUUGUCAUGUCAACCUCAUUUUGAAGUCCAAUGCUAGAAUCUCUGACAUUUUCAUCUCUGGAGACCACUCUAGAACCCACAUUAUUUGCGACGUGUCAGAAGUGAGCACCUGGUCAGUUUCUUCCUCUUUCCGUAACCCUUUCCCGGAUCCUCUCCUCUCAUCCUUGCGUGUACCCCCACCUCAUUUCAGCAGAGACUCUCCAUCUUUCUGGCCUAUUGUGGUUUCAUCCCAGAGCUCAAGCAUGCCAUCUUCAGAGAUGCUCUGGGUCAGCAGCUUGAAGGGAAGAGGAAUUUUGCUCAUGUUGAUGGGAAAGGAAUGGUCUAAUCUGAGAAUUGUCUCUGUUUCUGGUUGGCAUUAAUGCCCGGGGGCAGAUUUCAAGCUGCUAGAAGAGGAGGUUUCCCAGAAGGUAAAGGCAGCCAAGCUCUCGAAGGGCAUGCAGAACAUUGUGUUCUCCAACCUCCUGGCCAUGCUUGGGGACCACAAGGCUCUUCAGGACCGCAAGGCUCUUCAGAACCUCAUGUACAAGCUUGAACAGGAACCCUUUGGUCAUUUGGAUGGCCCUGGUGGCACCAUCCUAACUGAACUGCGAAAGGACUCCCGCUAUCCAGAGGUUGGCUCAAAGUGCCUCAUCCUUUACCUGCUUGAAGCCUUAAUGGUGCUGAGUGACAUCCAACAUGUUCUGCUGGCUCAGUCCAUGGAGAAGAGGAUCCUCCUUCCGCAGAGGGACCUGGUGAGGAGCCUCCUGGAGCCCAACUUCAACUGCUUCCAGAACAUUCCCUUUACCCUCCAGCCCAAACUCCUUGCCCCACUCCAGGGGGAGGGCUUGGCCAUUACCUAUGGGCUACUGGACGAGUGUGGCCUGAAGAUGGAGCUGAACAGCCCCAGGUCAACCUGGGACCCAGAAGCCAAGGAGCCCCUGUCUGCCCUCUAUGGGACCCUCUCUGUGCUGAAGCAGCUGGCUGAGGCCUGAGCCCUCCUGGGGGAGGCCAGGGAGUCAGUCCAGUGAGGCUAGGCAGUCCUGGUCCUGUCCUUUGCUGCAAACACCCCCAGGCUGUUCUCUGUAUCCAUGAGUCUGUAUCUAUUCCACAAAUAAGGGAUAGACAGUCUUUGUCUUUGUCUGUUUGACUUAUUUGACUUAGCACAAGGCCUUCAAGGUUUGUCCAUGUU